GGUUCAGGCUGUGUGCGCCUCCUUCCCCGCAGGUGGUCGGAGGUCCGCUCCGGCCGCCGACCCUCUGCCCAGGGUUGUUGAGGGGCCGUUUCAAGUCGCCUUGUCUUCCAAGUGAGAAAAGUUGGAGAGGAAGUAGGGCGCGUGGGCAGAGCUUGCUCCACAGUGAACACUGGGGUGGGUGCUCGGGCAUCAGAAAGUGCGGCGCACCCGAGAGGAACCCGGGCGAGGAAGGGCCUCGCCCAGCGGCCCCGGGGCUGGGCCGGACCCCGCUCCCCGCUCCCCGCCCAGGGGAUGUGUUCCGAGAACCCGGCUAGGAAACCUCUUCCCCUGAGAACCAGGAAGUGAGGCCAGCACCCUGCAGAGAUGCUCCGGACGUGCAAAGCAUUGCUUCUCCAGGAGAGUCGAAUUAGCUCGUUUCUCCUGCUUCCAAGCUCCCAGGAAAUUAGAAAGUCGAGAGGGGUUGUGGGGAUCAGGAAUAGAAGAUGAACAAACCAAUAACACCAUCAACAUAUGUACGCUGCCUCAAUGUUGGACUAAUUAGAAAGCUGUCAGAUUUUAUUGAUCCUCAAGAAGGAUGGAAGAAGUUAGCAGUAGCUAUUAAAAAACCAUCUGGUGAUGAUAGAUACAAUCAGUUUCACAUAAGAAACAAGUGGAGUCUACGGCCACACCACCCUGAACGCGCCCGAUCUCGUCUGAUCUCGGAAGCUAAGCAGGGUCGGGCCUGGAGAUUUGAAGCAUUACUUCAAACUGGAAAAAGUCCCACCAGUGAAUUACUGUUUGACUGGGGCACUACAAAUUGCACAGUUGGUGAUCUUGUGGAUCUUUUAAUCCAAAAUGAGUUUUUUGCCCCUGCGAGUCUUUUGCUACCAGAUGCUGUUCCCAAAACUGUUAAAACACUGCCUUGUAAAGAAGCUGUAACAGUUGAGCAGAGUCAGAUGCCUCUCUAUGAUAAAGACAGGUCAUUUGUGAUACCUGUGCGGAAUCCUGAACAAAAUCAUAUGCCACCUGACUCCUCAAGUACAGAAAGUUUAGAAGUUAGUGAUACACGUUUUCACAGCUUUUCAUUUUAUGAGUUGAAGGAUGUCACAAAUAACUUUGAUGAGCGCCCAAUUUCUGUCGGUGGCAACAAAAUGGGAGAGGGCGGAUUUGGAGUUGUUUAUAAAGGCUACGUGCACAACAGGACUGUGGCUGUGAAGAGGCUUGCAGCAGUAGUUGACAUUAGUACUGAAGAACUGAAACAACAGUUUGAUCAAGAAAUAAAAGUAAUGGCAAGGUGCCAACAUGAAAAUUUAGUAGAACUACUUGGUUUCUCAAGUGAUGGAGAUGACCUCUGCUUAGUAUAUGUUUACAUGCCUAACGGUUCAUUGCUAGACAGACUGUCUUGCUUGGAUGAUACUCCACCACUUUCUUGGCACAUGAGAUGCAGGAUCUCUCAGGGUGCAGCUAAUGGCAUCAGUUUUUUACAUGAAAACCAUCAAAUUCAUAGAGAUAUUAAAAGUGCAAAUAUCUUACUAGAUGGAGACUUUACAGCCAAAAUAUCUGACUUUGGGCUUGCACGGGCUUCUGAGAAGUUUUCCCAGACAGUCAUGACUAGCAGAAUUGUGGGAACAACAGCAUAUAUGGCACCUGAGGCUUUGCGAGGAGAAAUAACACCCAAAUCUGACAUUUACAGCUUUGGUGUGGUUUUACUAGAAAUAAUAACUGGACUUCCAGCUGUGGAUGAACACCGGGAACCUCAGUUGUUGCUAGAUAUUAAAGAAGAAAUUGAAGAUGAAGAAAAGACAAUUGAAGAUUAUGUUGAUAAGAAGAUGAAUGACAUUGAUUUCACUUCCAUUGAAACUAUGUACUCUGUUGCCAGUCAGUGUCUGAAUGAAAAGAAAAAUAAGAGACCAGACAUUAAGAUGGUCCAACAGCUGCUGCAAGAAAUGAUGGCUUCUUAAAACUUUAGAAGAAUAGACUCUUGGCUUUUUAAUAUACAGCUAUCAAAACCAUUUUCUAGACUAAAUGUUCUGGUAAACAUUCUUUUUUACCUUUAACAAAGCAGCAUGAUGCAGUGUAGUGGUUAUUAAAGCUUAUGUAGAACCCCCAACAUACAGAACAAACAGAAGUAGAGCUGCCAUAUCAAUGCUUGGCCUGAACUUCUUAGUGUCACCCUCCAUUCACGCAGUAAUCCCUUGAAACGUCUUCUUGGAACCUCACCAAACACAAUUUGAAAACUACAGGAUUAGCAAAAAAGAGGACUGGACUAUAGAAUGAAAAGGCCCAACUCCACUACUAAUUUUCUAUAAAGCUAUGGUCAAUUUCUUCGCUGCUUUGAGCUUGGUUUUUUUCACCUGUAGCAUUGGAUUAUACUUACUGUACCUCUCUGACAAGUAGUCAUGAAAAUCAAAGGAUGCAGAAUGUUUACAAAGUACUUAUAAAGUGAUAUAAAAUUUAAAUUUUAUAUAGAUGAUUAUAAAACUUUUACAGUCAUUUGUUUAUAGGGUCGUGUUCACAAUGAGCUCUUUUUUAAUUUAUUUUUUUAUUUUUAUUGAUUUCAGAGAGUGAGAGAGAGAUAGAAACAUCAAUGAUGAGAAAGAAUCAUUGAUCGGCUGCCUCCUGCACACCCCACACUGGGGAUCAAAACCACAACCCAAGCAUGUGCCCCAACUAGGAAUCGAACCAUGACCUCCUGGUUCAUAGGUUGAUGCUCAAACCACUGAGCCAUGCUGGCCAGGCCACAGUGAGCUCUUUUAAGCAAUUAUUCACCACAAGCCAAAUAUUCCCAGAUGAUAUUCCCGUGAUAUGGCCAUAAUUAGAUUAUGUUACAUAGCAAAGUUGAUGGAAUUUUGCAAUGCAGUUAAGGUUCCUAAUCAGCUGACUUUGAAUAUCAACAGGGACUGUGCUGGGGGGCCUGACCUAAGGUGAGCUCUUGCAAGAAGUCUGAGAGAUUCUCCUGUGGGCCUUGAAGAAGGAAGCUCCCAUGUUGUAAGAAGGCCACAUUGGCUAAGACCUAAGGGUGGCUUUCAGGAGAUGAGAGCUACCUUCUGGCUGGGACUUUAGAUCUAUAGCCACAAGAAACUGAAUUCUUCUAACAGCCUAAAUUAGCUUAGAAGAGUAUUCCAGACUUCAGAUGAUGCUGUAGUCCCAACUAACACCAAAAUUUCGGCCUUGUGAGACCCUCAGCGAAUCUAGCUGAGCUGUGCCUGUACUUCCUACAUACAGAACUGUGACAUAAUAAAUGAGUUGCUGUAAGCUA